AUGAUGGCAGAACAACUGGCAAUGUAUCGAAAAUAUGAGUGUUUUAUAAAACGUAUACUAUUAUGUGUCGGUUUAUGGCCUGUGGAAAAUACGGGGAGCUUAUUAUUAUCGAAAGGACUCAGUCCUUUAGGAAGCUUUACCUUAGUAGUUGUGAAGGCACUGAUGUUCUUUUUAUAUCGAGAGCAAUUACACAAAUUGAAUUUGAAUUUAAAAUCGAUGUUCGAAGAAAUGCUUAAAAAAACACAUUAUCGACCUGUUGUAUUAUCACUGCUAAAUCUUUUUAAAUAUCCAGCAUGUAUUGUUUACUAUUUAACCAUGUUUGCAAUACUAAUGUAUACAUUUAGACCGUUUUUAUUGAUCAUCUAUCAAGUUAUCAAGAACGUCAGUCCCAAACAUUACGUUCUUCCCUUUCCUACCACUUUUCCAUGGAUCGAUGAAACUCCGAACAUGGUUUUUCAAGUGCAAUUUCUUUUCGAAAUUAUAUUCGGUUGGUUCGUGAUUUGCGUGACCAGCGGCGUCGAUACGGUUUACGGAUUUUACAUAUUUCAAAUGAGUGGCGAUCUACGUGCCAUGUGUUUCGAAUGCAAGAAUUUUGGAAAAUCAUCUAAGGAGCUCGAUGUUAUUCUACGUAACUUCAUUAAAAGACAGAUCUUACUUUUACGUUGUCGUGAUAUCAUACAAAAUGUUUAUGGACCAAUCGUGCUGUGCUUAAUAGUGAGCAGUGUUAUCGUCCUAUGUGCGUUGAUAUUUCAAAUGUUUCAGACAGAAAUAAGUAUAGGUAAAACUCUUCUGAUUUUUAUUUAUGGGAUGAUGAAAAUGACCCAAGCAUUUUUGUAUUCUUGGUAUGGAAGUAUUCUUAAUGUUGAGAGUGAAGCAUUCCGACGAAGUAUUUAUAGCUGUAGAUGGUAUCAAGACGGAAACAGUAAACUGGUGAAAGGUGUUCUUCUUAUAUUGGUACAAAAACCAAUUAUAUUGACAGCAUGUCACCUCUUUUUUAUUUCAUUGGAUCUUUUCAUCAAAAUACUUAAUACGUCCUUGUCAUAUUAUUUUUUGUUGCAAACAUUUGACGAGAAUAAUAAUGAACGUUAA